GUCAAUUCUUCUCUCUUAUCUGUUUUCUCGUCACCGACCUCCGCGCAGUACAAUCUACGGCGACCACCUAUUUUCGCCCCAUUGCUCUCGUACAAUCAGCCGACAUUGGGCCAUCUGGACGCGAGCCACCCUCUGUGACAAAUAGUCUUGCAGUCGAUAACAUGAAGUCCACUCUUGUCCUCGCAACUCUUGCGAGCAGUGCCUUAGCUCAAUAUGACCAAAAUUCGAAGCCUUUCCGCCUCUUCAUCAACGUAUUAUUUGACAAAGUUACAGCCCUGGGAACAUGUCAUCAAGGCGCUGCGAUCGAAGGACUCUGCCCCACUGGCAAUACGCACGCCAAUUCUUCCUUCUCCUACGACACUUUCUACCAUGCGACGCAGCUCGAUCCCCCAUCCCCAGGUAUCGAUGGAGACCCAGACGGCCUGCUUCUCUGGAAUCUUACUGUCAAUGGCGGCGAAAUCGUACCCUCGGGCAUGCAGUUUAGCUCGGAUCUUCUCAGCGAUGUCGCUACUCCGAUAUUUUACCCUGGAAACGACACCGCCUCAUCCAUAUCGUUCAGCAGCGACGGAAGCAUGUACAUCGGGAGAUACCGAGAUGAUACGGUGACUCCGCCGGUGCAGUUGGACCCGCCGCAGAAGAUAGAGAACUGGUAUAUCUGUUUGACGCGUUGGAGCUAUCUUUACUACACAUUGAUUUGGAAGAUCGGUAUUAAGGGUGUGCCGCAGAACCCGACGUGCCAGAAAGUGCAGGUUUAUCGGGAAUUCAUCUAACAGCUGUGGCUGACGAACUCGAUACUGCAAUCGCCAGCACUGCGUUUAUGAACGGAAGUAACGACCUAAGUAGCUGAAUCUGUAUCUUUACGAAAUAAGCAUGACACAAUGUCCAUUGGG